AUGGACCUAAAAACCCGCCCCGCUAUUACCAUCUCAAACAUCAAAACUUUCAUUCCAAUCACACUCGAGAUGGAAACCAGUCAAUAUUCCUCAUGGGCUGAACUCUUUAAGAUACAUUGCCGUGCGUUCCAAGUUCUCGACCACCUCUCUCCCCGCAUAACCGAUCCUCCCGCUGCUGCUUCUACCGAACCUUCUAAAGAAAAAGAUUCUGCCAAAACCGAUAAAACCGAUGAUGUUUGGGAUCGUCUGGAUGCCAUAGUCCUACAAUGGAUCUAUGGCACCAUCUCUAGUGACCUACUAAGUACCAUAAUCCGUCCCGAUUCCACCGCAUGUUAUGCGUGGACCGCCUUGAAACGGAUUCUCCAUGACAACCAAGCCACACGCUCCGUGUUGUUACAACAGAAAUUUUCAAACCUUAAGCUUUCCUCUUUCCAAAACAUGUCCGCGUACUGCCAAGAAGUGAAGAUAAUCUCCGAUCAAUUGGCAAACGUUGGCUCUCCCGUUUCCGUUCCGAACGAAACCUGGUGA